CUGCAAAAUAUCUCCUGACCAAACCUGCUACCGGGGCUGUCGUCAACGAUGGUGAUGUAGCUCUCUGUCUUACCGCGGGGAACACCCAGGCGUACCGUAUUAACUGGGUGUAUCUUGCGGGUGAGCGAUUGCACAUUAAAGGCAGGGAACUGCACAUAAGAGCCGGAAAACUGUCUUCAACAGUCGACAGGCCAACGACGGCCAUAUACGCCUGCGUUGGUGGCUUUGACCAUGGAAUGAAAUACAAAGUCGUCAUAUACCAGAUUGCCUCCUUGAUCAGCCUGAACCUUGUUCCCCAAAGCGAAAUAUAUGCGGUCGGCCAGAAGGUUGGUUGCUCCUACAGGUCACAACUUAUUGACUCGGAUGACGUGAGCUAUGACAUUACUGACGGGGUUGAAGCUUGUGUACAUCUGGUGUACAAGAACGACAGGCCAAAGGAAGUGAAAUGCGGGAAGCUGACGACUAUUAUACCAGAAGCUCAUUUCAGCCUUCGUGACUACCAGCUUGUCUGCACCAAGCACCACCUCGAAAGCACACCAGUGCCUCUUAAGGUCCUCUGUAAGUUUACCCAACCUGUCAAGUGCGCUUUUCCGCCUCCGGAGAAGUCAUAA